CAGCUGCGAGGACGCGGGCCGAGCCGGAAGUGGAGUGCGCUGCGGCGCGAGCUGGGCCGGCGGGCGUGGUUCGACAGCGCGCAGAGUCCAGACGGGCGGCAGGGCCCGAGGGGCCGACCCGCAGCGUCCCUGGUCUCUCCAGCCCUCACUCGGAACCGCACAUGGCGAGGAUACCGACAAGCAAGUCUUCGCCCGUAAGCAGUGGCUCACGCCUAUAGUCCAGGGAUGCCGAGGAGGGAGGAUCGCUUGAGUCCAGGAGUUGGAGGCUGCGGUGCGCCGUGAUCGCGCCACUGCACUCCAGCCUGGGCGACAGAGUGAGACCCUAUCUCUAAACAAAAGAAAGAACGUCUUCAAGCAUGGAGCCAUGAAGCUGGAUUUGGCUUACUGUCGCUCUCUCUACAGGGUACAGGUGAAAGGGGGCAGACCCCUCAUCAUGCUUUCCAGGCAUCUGCCACUUCCCAGGAAUUGUCUCCCUGGAUAAACAAGGCGAAGUCCCUGGCUGUGCAGAAGCAGUAGCUGUGUGGUGGCACAGUCAGGAAAACUCGGGGGCCCUGUUGGUAUUUUCUACCCCUGACCCGUGUGCAUACUUCUGUCGUAGCUCUCACCACAGUAGACUCUGCUAUCAUUGUGUCUUCCAUCCUCUGAACCCUGUGCAAGGUCUGCUCAUGGUGAAUGCCCAGUAAGGCUCACCUAUUGCUGCUAUCUCGUCAUCAUAUCAUUUCUAUGUGCCCCCCUAGCUAAGAGUCUGGACUGUGGUUACAUUCUCAGGAAUGUUUACAAAGUCAUAUUUAGGUGUGAGGAGAGUAAAACAGAGCUAGACAUAAUGUUGCACACAGCCUUUGGCACUGGAUGCCUGGCGAAUGUCUUGUGCAAAUGGGUAACGUGAGGAGCAGCAUUUGGGGUGCGCAGGACUUAACUAUUUGUGUAUAACAUAUUAUUGAUGCCUGUGUGUCAUACUCUGCUACUCCAAGGCUAGUAGUCAAUUGCAUACCAUAUCUCAGUCUGGCACUGAGGGAAGCAGUCUGGAUGGAGGUACAGCUGGAGAUUUGGUUGAGGGGACUUAUCUCUGACAACAGCCUCUUGUUGAUCUUCCCAGACAGUGACAAUACCCUCCCCUCCCUUGGGCUGGACCCCUCUCUACAGCUAGGAGCCAAUGGCAGAAGACAAAACCAAACCGAGUGAGUUGGACCAAGGGAAGUAUGAUGCUGAUGACAACGUGAAGAUCAUCUGCCUGGGAGACAGCGCAGUGGGCAAAUCCAAAGUCAUGGAGAGAUUUCUCAUGGAUGGCUUUCAGCCACAGCAGCUGUCCACGUACGCCCUGACCCUGUACAAGCACACAGCCACGGUAGAUGGCAAGACCAUCCUUGUGGACUUUUGGGACACGGCAGGCCAGGAGCGGUUCCAGAGCAUGCAUGCCUCCUACUACCACAAGGCCCACGCCUGCAUCAUGGUGUUUGAUGUACAGAGGAAAGUCACCUAUAGGAACCUGAGCACCUGGUAUACAGAGCUUCGGGAGUUCAGGCCAGAGAUCCCAUGCAUCGUGGUGGCCAAUAAAAUUGAUGACAUAAACGUGACCCAAAAAAGCUUCAGUUUUGCCAAGAAGUUCUCCCUGCCCCUGUAUUUCGUCUCGGCUGCUGAUGGUACCAAUGUUGUGAAGCUCUUCAAUGAUGCAAUUCGAUUAGCUGUGUCUUACAAACAGAACUCCCAGGACUUCAUGGAUGAGAUUUUUCAGGAGCUCGAGAACUUCAACUUGGAGCAGGAAGAGGAGGACGUGCCAGACCAGGAACAGAGCAGCAGCAUCGAGACCCCAUCAGAGGAGGCGGCCUCUCCCCACAGCUGAGGGGCUGGGGCUAGGGGUGGGUGGAGCCCUUUUAAAAUACCCUUCCCUUCAACAGCUCUCCAGCUCUGAACGGAGAAACUCUCUAGGCCAUCCCCUCUUCUACCUCCUGCAACCCACCCAUCCUAUUAGCCUCCCACAUUCAAGGCCCGUGAUACAGGGAUGAGGUCAGUACCAGCAAACUCUGGACUGGUGGAAGAAUUCCCCACCAGAUCUCCUUGAAGCAGAAUUAGGGAUCAGCAUCAUUAACACCUUCCCCACCCCCUCCCCCCAGGCAGACAGUGAAGAGAAUCAGAAAACAUGAUUAUGUGUCACUUUAAUACAGGAAAUUUAGGUGUUUUUUGGUGUUUUUGUUUUUGUUUUUGUUUUCUUUCCAAAGCUCACCUCGGGGACAAUUCCCUGUGCUUCUGCUGAGGUAAUGAUUACCCCCCCACCCACAGCUGAGUCUGUGAGGCCCCAUCCUUUCCCUACGUUUUCUCCCAUCUUUUUUCCUCUUCAGUCUCCCAAUCAUCUGGUUUGUUUGUUUCUUUGUUCGUUCUGAGACGGAGUCUCGCUCUGUCGCCAGGCUGGAGUGCAGUGGCGCAGUCUCGGCUCGCUGCAACCUCUGACUCCCUGGUUUAAACGAUUCUCCUGCCUCAGCCUCCCGAGUGGCUGGCAUCACCACGCUCAGCUAAUUUUUGUAUUUUUAGUAGAGACGGGGUUUCACCAUGUUGCCCAGGAUGGUCUCGAUCUCCUCACCUCGUGAUCCGCCCGCCUCGGCCUCCCAAAGUGCUGGGAUUUACAGGUAUGAGCCACCGCGCCCGGCCCCAAUCAUCUGUUUUUAAGCAAACGUUUUUGAGCAGAUAGCUAUUCCUUCCAGAUUUCUGUGUACCGACUCUGUUUCAGGAGCUCUUCUAGGUAAAGCUGAGAUCACAGGAACAGCAGGUGACAGGCCUAGCUAUAGUUAGGAAUACACAAGCGGUAAAAUCGAGUCCUUACAGCCAUACCACAAGGUACAUCCAUUUGGACUACAAGAAGAGCUUCCUUUAAAGUUCCUAUUUCAGCAUAAGGAGGCUGUCCUUUUUUUUGAGGAAUAGUUUGGACCUUGUGCCUCCUGUGGGAGGCUGAGGACUGCAAGAGGAGAGCUAGCAGAUAUGCCUGUUCACCCCUCUCUGGUACUUGUGGCUUGCUAGUAUGUUUUUAUGAUAAUCUCGGGCAUUGUUUGCAUUGUGUUUAUUAAUAGGGUUUUGUUUUUAUUGUUUCCUUUUUUACAGUAAAGGCUGAAUUACAUAAA